CUUCACUCCCUCCACUAGACUCGGGCCUCUCUCUCUCUCUGUGGAUGCAAUUACCAUGUUCAUUUUCACUUUGCACCUCUUAUGUUUGUCAAAAAGUCGAAAAGAAGUCUUAUAAACCAUGGCAUUAAGGAGGCUCGGCUCUAAAUCUGAAGUGUUUCAUCGCGAAGGCCAACAUUGGUAUUGCACAAGUGGGCUUCCAAGUGAUAUAACUGUUGAAAUUGGAGAGUUGUCCUUUCAUCUCCACAAGUUUCCCCUGUUAUCAAGAAGCGGAGUAUUAGAGAAGCAUAUUGGAGAGUUUUCCACUGAUGAUGGAUCAAUCUGUGUUGUGCAAUUUCACGACAUACCUGGUGGAGCAAAAGCAUUUGAGCUCAUUGCCAAAUUUUGCUACGGUGUUAAAAUAGAGCUCACUGCUUUGAAUGUAGUUGGUCUUAGGUGUGCAGCUGAGUACCUUCAAAUGAACGAAGAUUAUGGGGAGAGGAAUCUCAUUUCCCAAACAGAGGGUUUCCUGAAUGAAGUGUUUGGCAACUGGGCAGACACAAUCAAGGCUCUCAAAACAUGCGAAGAAGUCCUCCAAUUUGCAGAGGAGCUUCACAUAUUCUCCAGAUGCAUCAAUUCCUUGGCAACAAAAGCUUGUGCGGAUACAAGCUUAUUCAAUUGGCCUUUAAUUAGCCCCAAUAACACAGAAAGCACAAACACGCCAGUUUUAUGGAAUGGAAUAUAUACUACAAGCAGACCACAACCCAUGGGAGACGAUUGGUGGUAUGAAGAUGUGUCCUUUCUUUCUUUACCUCUUUACAAACGACUGAUCCUAGCUGUUGAAUUAGGAGGCAUGAAACCUGAAAAAAUCGCUGGCUCCCUAAUGUUCUAUGCUAAGAAACACCUCCCACUGAUGAAUAGGCAACUUGGCCUGGACGAUGCUAACCCCGGUUUGACCACAUCCAUCCCUUCUGAAGCAGAUCAGAGGGCCCUACUUGAAGAGAUCAUCGAAUUACUUCCUUAUCAAAAAGGGGUUAUACAGUCUAAGUUUCUCCUUAGAAUUCUCCGCAUUUCCAUGGUUUUACAUGCAAGUCCCUCAUGUAGAGAAAAUUUAGAGAAACGGGUGGGGGCUCAGUUAGACAAAGCUUCGUUGGAAGAUGUACUAAUACCCAAUAUGGGUUACUCAGUGGAGACGCUCUAUGAUAUAGACUGUUUUCAGAGGAUUCUUGACCAUUUCAUGUCAAUGGACCAGGCUACUGCAGCUGUUGCGUCGUCAUCUUCUCCUUGUAUAGUCGAAGAGGGGGAGUUGAUGGAGGGGACCCCUUCAUUGAUAUCGAUAACUAUGGUGGCAAAUCUGGUGGAUGCAUAUCUUGCUGAUGUGGCACCAGAUGUCAAUUUGAAGUUCCCAAAGUUCCAGUCACUCGCUGCUACCGUCCCUGAUUAUGCCAGGCCACUCACUGAUGGCAUCUACCGUGCGUUAGAUAUAUAUUUGAAGGCACACCCUUGGCUCACGGAUUCUGAGAGGGAGCAAAUUUGUAGACUCAUGAACUGCCAAAAGCUCUCCCUAGAAGCUAGCACCCAUGCAGCCCAGAAUGAGCGGCUACCUCUCAGAGUGAUUGUCCAAGUCCUAUUCUUUGAACAACUACGGCUGCGUACGUCCAUUUCUGGGUGGUUCUCUGUCUCUGACAGUCUUGACAACUACCAAAAUCCCAACGCAAACCUUGCACUCACAGCACAAGAUAGAGCUGCUGCGGUUGAGGAUGUGAGGGAACGCAUUUCUGAUCUUGAGAAGGAGUGUCAGACCAUGAGAUGCGAGAUUCAGAAGCUGGUGAAGACAAAGAGGAGUUGGAAUAUAUUUUGCAGAAGGAAAUCACAGAAUGACAAUUCUACAGAAUCGAAGGCAUCCAGCUUGAAGGCUCCACCACCAGCAUUAGUGAAAGAACGUGAAAAGUCGUGAAAACGUAUAGGUGGGAAAUUGAAUUUUGAAGAUGAAGUAAAGGUUUCUUUCCGACGUAUAUAGGAUGAAUUUUUUUUUAUUCAUAUGCAGUAAUCGUUCGAUAUCUUGUUGCUCAUGGAAUAAUGGUAAGAGUCUGCGAUAUUUUGCAGGUUUGGAUAGGUGGUGGUUAUACACUGAUUCUUAUGCCUACAUCACAUAACAUGAUUUUUGGUCUCAAUACUGUUGUCGCCAUGGAUUUGAACUUGAAUAAUUCUUGUAUGCUCUUGAUAAAGGACGGUUGCGUCAUUGGCCAGCGUAUCCCAACUAUAACAUGAGGUUUUGCAUUCAGCUCCCGCUGUCGAUGUCUUGACUUGCCAAAUACUACAUGAAUUGCAGGUUACUUGCCAAGUACAUGAAUUGUGGCUUGCGGACCUGUUAUUUUUCCUACAUAGCCGGUCCAAACUCCAAAGUGUUUCCUCCUUGGAU